UCUGCCCCCCACGCCCUCUGGGCCCGCUCUUUCGGGGGGGUGGGGGGGACGGGUCAGGUCGGGUCGGGUCGGGUCGGGUGUGGUCUCUUCCAGUCCGCGCUGGUCGCGGAAAGGUCAGUAAGGCCCCCCCGGAGCUGCCUCCGUUGCAGCUGCCCGUUGCCUCGGGCGGGGGCAGGAGCUCGGAUUAGCCGGGGAGGGCGGUAGGGCCGGCCCCAGCCCCUGAGGGAGCGGCUGGGGAGGCGCCCGCCGCUGGAGGGGCUUCCCGCAGCGUCCCCGUGCACCUCUCGCUCCUCGCUCGGGAUAUGAACUUGAUUGACAUCCUUUGGAGGCAAGAUAUAGACCUUGGGGCAAGGCGUGAGGUUUUUGAUUUUAGUCAACGACAGAAGGAGUAUGAACUCGAGAAACAGAAGAAACUUGAAAAGGAAAGACAAGAGCAGCUCCAAAAAGAGCAGGAGAAAGCCCUGCUGGCUCAGCUGGAGUUAGACGAAGAGACAGGUGAAUUUGUUCCAGUUCAGCCAGCUCAGCACAUUCAGGCAGAAAAUACUGAGCCAUCAAUCAGUUUUUCACAGACCACAGAGACUUCAAAACCAGAAGCAGAGGCCUUGUCCUUUGAUGACUGUAUGCAGCUCUUGGCAGAAGCAUUCCCAUUUAUAGAUGAUAAUGAGGCUUCUUCAGCUGCAUUUCAGUCACUGGUUCCUGCUCAGAUUGAUAGCAACUCACCCUUCAUUUCCUCUGAUCAGACUCAGCCACCUGAAUCACCUGUUUUAGUUCCACUUACUGAUGCAGAGAAUAUGCAGAACAUAGAGCAAGUUUGGGAAGAAUUGUUGUCCCUUCCAGAGUUACAGUGUCUUAACAUUGAAAAUGAUAACCUGGCUGAGGUGAGCACCAUCACGAGCCCUGAAGCCAAGCCAACAGAGAUGCACCACAGCUAUAAUUACUACAGCUCAUUACCCAUCAUGAGAAAAGAUGUUAACUGUGGUCCAGAUUUCCUGGAUAGUAUUGAGAGCCCCUUUUCCAGCAUUUUGCCACCAGAAGACACCAGCCAGCUGAGUGUGAACUCUUUAAAUGACACAUCCCCUUCAAACUCUGAUUUCUGUGAGGAUUUCUACACCACCUUUAUUGAUACAAAGGCAAACAGUGACACAGCAACGAUAAACAGUAUCAGUCAAUCACUCGCAGAAAUUCUAAGUGAACCUAUUGAUCUUUCUGAUUUCUCACUCUGUAAAGCUUUUAAUGGCAGCCACUCAGGAACCAUACCAGAAUGUAAUGAUUCUGAUUCUGGUAUUUCAUUGAAUGCAAGCUCUAGCAUAGCAUCACCUGAACACUCUGUUGAAUCAUCGUAUCAUGGAGAUAAGACUUUUGGUUGUAGUGAUUCAGAAAUGGAAGACACAGAUCGUGCCUCUGGAAGCAUGCAACAGAGCAAUGCAGGUGUCUACUCAGUGCAUUUCCAGGAGGAAGUGUUUUCUUCAGUGGGGCCAAGUGCUCAAGUGCCAAGUUUGCAGUGUACAAACACACCAAAAAAGGAAACCCCUGCCCGUCCAGGCCACCCCAAAGCUCUGUUCACAAAAGAUAAACCUUCAAGCCACCUUGAAGCUCAUCUCACAAGAGAUGAGCAAAGAGCAAAAGCUCUGCAGAUCCCAUUUCCUGUUGAAAAAAUCAUCAAUCUCCCCGUCGAUGACUUCAAUGAAAUGAUGUCUAAGGUGCAGUUCAGUGAAGCUCAGCUCACGCUUAUUCGAGAUAUACGCAGGAGAGGCAAGAACAAAGUGGCUGCUCAGAACUGCCGUAAAAGAAAACUGAAAAAUAUAGUGGAACUGAAGCAAGACUUGAGUAAUCUAAAAGAUGAGAAAGAGAAAUUGCUUAAGGAAAAAGGAGAGCAUGACAAAAGCCUUCGUCAAAUUAAAAAGCAACUAACCACCUUAUACCUUGAGGUCUUCAGCAUGCUACGUGAUGAGGAUGGGAAGUCUUACUCUCCUAGUGAAUAUUCACUGCAGCAAACUAGAGAUGGCAAUGUCUUUCUUGUUCCCAAAAGCAAGAAGUCAGACUAAACUUUGAAGGGCAGCACAGCUGGCUACUGUUCUCCAAAUUAUUAUUUUUGUAUCAUUAUCCUGAUAGUUUUACUGUGAGAUGGAAUGCAGAAUUAGGUAAUAUUUUUCAAGUAAUUCUAUGCAAUGAUUAUUUUGAAGUUAAUAAUUAGCUUAUGGAAGAUGGAAGUUUAAAACUAAGAGUGUAAUGUAUGCAAAAUUUGUAAUCUCACUUUUGUAACAGACAUUUCCUUCUUAUAGCACCACUUUGACUAGUUUCCAUAUAUGUGUAAAUAUUUCAAGUACCAUAUUUAUAUACUGUUCCUAUCUCGUUAUAUUCUUAGAUUUAUUUGAUAUAUAUAUAUAUAAAUGAUUUUAACCUUCUAAAUAUAAUUUCUUGCAAGACAGAGUAUGGCUUCUGAUACUUUUUAUAAAUGUGCAAGUGUUUGUUUCCCAUUUUUCUUACGUUUAUAUUUGCUUUAUAUUUAAUAUAUGAAUUUAAUUUAGUAUAAAAGUUGAUAGUGUUUGACUUUCAGUUUAUUGAAUUUUUUAAAAAACUCUUUACUUCAUAUACACAUUUAUUUUCCUAAGGAGGGGAAAUCCUCACUGGUUUGUAAAUAAACUUUUAACCAGAGAUGUAUCACACAGCACUGUCAGCAUUACUAAUGCUUCAGUUAGCAUAAUUUUAACAUCCUUUUGGAAAAGUUGUAUAACAAAGUUUCAAGUCUAUGCUAAGUUUACAUAAUUUCUGUUUUGCUCUUGAACACUACUUAAACUUACCAUCUUUCCUCCAAAAGCAUUUAAAAUCUGUCAUUAGGACAUCAUCAGCACUAUGCAUUUUUCCGACUACAAUUCUGUUCGCUAUUGAGUAAUUGUUCUAGAAAUACAGUAUGUGUCUGACACCAACCAGUGACCAUGUUUGUCACUGUCAUUCCUCUGGACCUUAUGGAAGAAGGCAUACUGACUGCCAAACAACUGUACUCUUUGGAACCUGCAAUCAAUCACUUGGAAAGUGGUGUGGAGCUUAAAUUUUAUGAUUUAGAAGAGAAUAAAAACAGGGCAAAGAAAUAGCAUCGUUUUGUUGACUAUCAAAAUUGAUUCAUUAUACUUGAUCACUGUGGAUUUUUUGAAUGCAGAAAAUGCAUAAUGUGUAAUACACACUGAUCUGAUAAUUAAAUAUCGUAUCUCCCUUAUGAAGGUUCUAAGUGCCAGUGGCAGAAAAAAUAUUUCAGAUUAAAUGUGCCUUUAUAAUUCUAGGAACAUUUUGUCUAUUGCAAUAAUUAUGCAUAACUUUCAUUUAGUACAAUAAACGCCACCUUU